AAAGUCAAAAUCCACUUUUAUUUUUCACAUGUCUUGUGAAAGACUAUACAGAAAGCCAUGCUCAGCUGCUUCAUCUUCAAUGCUGGCCAGGAGCUUACCUUUCUAAGUCAUACAGCAGCUCAUCCGGCCCUCAAGGGGCUGAAAGGGCAGCCCAGAGCCUCCCACUGACAGGUGUGCUCACCCAUCCAAGACACUGGAAAAGAUCCCUGUUCUAGCAUCACAUUUUACUCAGAUUUGUCAAAAUUAGGUUGCUGCGGCAAAGGCUCUUUCACUGAGGAUGGCAGUCCUGGAAGACUUCUCCUUCUGCGAGCCGCCAGCUCAAUCUUCUGAACCAGGCUCACAUCCCAGGGAUGGGUCACAAAACUGAUGACGGUGCCUGGAACCUCACUCCCCACACGGCCCACUCUCCCUGCUCUAUGGAUGUAAUCUUGCAGUGUAGCGGGGAAAUCAUAAUUGACAACCAGCUCCACACCAGUGCUGUCCAGGCCCCGGGAAGCUAUGUCUGUGCAGAGAAGUAUGUCUUGGGAGCCCUUCUGGAAGGACUGGAAGAUACCUGCCCUCAUCAAGGCUGGCAUUUGCCCCUGCAACCUUAGGUGUUGGAUUUUGUGGUCAUCCAGAAUAUAUCCCAGCCAGUUCACAGUGCUGGAGCUAUUACAGAACACCAGAACAGUUCCUGAGGGGCCAGUCUUUUCUGCUCUAUCAUGAUGCUUGAGGAUGUGCACCAGCUCGGUCACCUUAUCUGCUCCCUUCAGUCUCAGAAAUGUCUGUUUCACAUGAGGCAUGAUACAGUGGAGCUUGGAGCUGGUGAUGGUUGUGACAGAAUCUGCACUGGCGACUUUAUUCAGCAACUGGCCUACACCUUCGGGAAAUGUGGCUCCUACCAGCACUAACUGAGCUUUGGGAUUGAAGGGGUCUUCCAAGUCAGCUGGGCCUUCUGCGAUGUUGCUAUUCUCCAAGAUGUAGUACACAAGUUCCAGGAAGCUUUCAUCCAGCAGUGUGUCUGCCUCAUCCAACACCAAGAAGGAGAGUUGCUCCAAGCUGAUAAGUCGACUUCUCAGGGCUUUCCACAGUGCCCCUGGAGUGGCCACUAGCACAUCGGCUGAAGGUUGUUUGGACAGUUGCAACCUGAUCCUACGCAUGCCACGGCCUCCCUCCAGGUUCUGCACCAGCAGGCCCAAGGAGCGCCCCAAGGGUUGGGCCACGGCCCGCACCUGUUGGGCUAAUUCUCGGGAAGGCACAAGGACCAGACCUCGGGGCAUGGGGAUAUGAAGGGAGUUCAGGCUUGGCCGGCCCAUGAGGCGUUGAAGUAGCGGCAGGAGGUAGCUGAGAGUCUUGCCACUGCCGGUUUCUGCGGCGCAAAGGAUGUGGCGGCCGCGAAGUAGUGGGGGGAUGGUGUUAGACUGCACGGUUGUGGGCUGAACGACUUCAGGCGCAGCUUCCUGUAGUGCGUGCAGCACACGGGGCUCCAGGCCAAGGUCAGCAAAACUGUCCUCGGACGAGGGCUUCUGCACCGCUGGCGCCUCCUGUUGCGCGCGCUCGAUGGAGAAGUGGUCCCGGCGCGCGCGUCGACUCUUCCAGCCUCGAGAGGCUAGCGGCGCGAUCUCCCAACGGCCCAGAGUGAGGCGAGCUGGCUGGUUUAACUCUGGCCGCCGCGCCGAAACCAGCAGCGGUCCAGGUCGCACUGGCACAGGCCCCGGGAGGCUCCGCCGUCUGCUCUGCCGCUGUUCCAACUUCCGCUGUACAGCCACUGGGAUGCGCACUACCGGCAGAGGUUCGUCUGGACUGCGGACCAUCAGGCCCCGUCGGGGAGCUAGGAGCAACCGAGCCACUAGAGAAAACAGCCACACCUGCCGCGCUAUAGCCAUGUUGCCCUUGGUGCAGGAGAAGCGCACAUCAAUGACGUCACGGAUGCGCGGCGGCCUCACAAACGGUGGCUGGCGAGGCUCAGUACGGUUUGCGGAGCUGGAGCCCCGUGAGGAAGAGAGGGAGGUUCUCUUAAAAGUUCAGCUGCGAGGCUGUAGCAGAGGAGGAAUGAUUGUGAAUAGCCUCUCUCUGUGCUACCAUAACAAGCUGAUUCUGGCCCCAAUGGUUCGGGUAGGGACUCUUCCAAUGCGGCUGCUUGCCUUGGAUUAUGGAGCAGACAUUGUUUACUGUGAGGAGCUGAUCGACCUCAAGAUGAUUCAGUGCAAGAGAGUUGUCAAUGAGGUGCUCAGCACAGUGGACUUUGUUGCUCCUGAUGAUCGAGUUGUCUUCCGCACUUGUGAAAGAGAGCAGAACAGGGUCGUCUUCCAGAUGGGGACUUCAGACGCAGAGCGAGCCCUUGCUGUGGCCAGGCUUGUAGAAAAUGAUGUGGCUGGUAUUGAUGUCAACAUGGGCUGUCCAAAAGAAUAUUCCACCAAGGGAGGAAUGGGAGCUGCUCUGCUGUCAGACCCUGACAAGAUUGAGAAGAUCCUCAGCACUCUUGUUAAAGGGACACACAGACCUGUGACCUGCAAGAUUCGCAUCCUGCCAUCGCUAGAAGAUACCCUGAGCCUUGUGAAGCGGAUAGAGAGGACUGGCAUUGCUGCCAUUGCGGUUCAUGGGAGGAAGCGGGAGGAGCGACCUCAGCAUCCUGUCAGCUGUGAAGUCAUCAAAGCCAUUGCUGAUACCCUCUCCAUUCCUGUCAUAGCCAAUGGAGGAUCUCAUGACCACAUCCAACGGUAUUCGGACAUAGAGGACUUUCGACAAGCCACAGCAGCCUCUUCCGUGAUGGUGGCUCGAGCGGCCAUGUGGAAUCCAUCUAUCUUUCUCAAGGAGGGUCUGCGGCCCCUGGAGGAGGUCAUGCAGAAAUACAUCAGAUACGCGGUGCAGUAUGACAACCACUAUACCAACACUAAGUACUGCUUGUGCCAGAUGCUACGAGAACAGUUGGAGUCUCCCCAGGGAAGGUUGCUCCAUGCUGCCCAGUCUUCCCGGGAAAUUUGUGAGGCCUUUGGCCUUGGUGCCUUCUAUGAGGAGACGACACAGGAGCUGGAUGCCCAGAGGGCCAAGCUCUCAGCCAGGACUUCAGAGGAGACUGGGGAGCCAGCUGAAGAUACCUCUGGUGUCAUUAAGAUGGCUGUCAAGUUUGACCGGAGAGCAUACUCAGCCCAGAUCACCCCCAAGAUGUGCCUGCUAGAGUGGUGCCGGAGGGAGAAGUUGCCACAGCCCAUGUAUGAAACGGUUCAACGCCCUAUAGACCGCCUGUUUUCUUCUAUUGUCACCGUUGCUGAACAAAAGUAUCAGUCUACCUUGUGGGACAAGUCCAAGAAACUGGCGGAGCAGGCUGCGGCCAUCGUCUGUCUGCGGAGCCAGGGCCUCCCUGAGGGUCGGCUGGGUGAGGAGAACCCUUUCUUGCACAAGCGAAAGAGGGAGGCUCCUGACCAAGACUGUGGGGGCUCCAGAGCUCAGGAGCUAGCACAACCUGGGGAGCUGUGCAAGAAGCCCUUUGUGGCCUUGGGAAGUGGUGAAGAGAGCCUCCUGGAAGGCUGGUGACUACUCUUCCUGCCCUAGUCACCCCUCCAUGGUCUGGUGCUAAGGUGGCUGUGGAUACCACAGCAUGAACCAGAUGCUGUUGAACAAUUUGCUGGUCUUGCCUGGCAGGAGGUAGAUGUCCCAGCAGGGGCUAUCAGCCUGAAGCAUGGACCUGGGGCCGCCCAAGGGUGUAUCCUGGCUCCUUUGGUGGAUCUGAGUGACAGAGUCAAGUUCCCCUUGAAAACAGGAGCUUUUCAGGUGGCACCUCCCCAACCUGACAUUGGUAUUGUGCAAUAAAGACACCCCCUACCCUCACCCAUGGCUGGCUGCUUUAGCCUUGGGCAUCUUCAUAAA